UACAUACUCAGAAUUCAAACGAAAACAGGAAAACCAACCAAACAAUAUCAAUGGCAAUUCUGAACUACUAUCUCUCAGUGACCUCCACAGCAACACCCAUUUCUCCUGACUCCUCAUCAUCAUCAUCCGCAGGCCAGCCCGUACCCGACCCGAGACUCAGCAAGAUCCUACUUCCCAAGAAGAAGCCCCAGAAAUGGUCCACUGGGAUGGCUCCCGGCGACUACGGUGGCCCACCAACCACCACCAAGCUCCGCAAGUACUGGGGUGGUGACGUCGACCCUCUUGAGUCUGACGACUUCAUGUGGAACAAAGAAUUCAUGGACCGCAUGCAGAAACUCAUUCGGGACCCUGACACCUCCACCCAAGUCGCUCCUCCCAAGGAAGUGCCUUCUGGAUUUCUUAGCUUGAAUAGGGUCAUGAGCCUUGACAGUUUAGAGGUUGAUUUGAGCAAACAACUCACAGCUUCUCCUGCCCAGCCUGAGUUACAACAGCAAGUAGAGGCUACAACGCAAAGUUUAAAAAGCAAUGCUAUUAAAUGGAGACAUGCACCAACACGGCGUGAGCAAGAUAAAUGGGCCAGAGCAACUAAGGCUGCAACUGGAGGCAGUGAAGUGAUGUUUCGGGAAUUAAGGCGCUCAAAGGAGGACCCAAAAGUAGUAGCUGAGAAGUAUAGAAAGCAGUAUUUCAGGUUAAAGAAGAGAUUGCAAGUACUUACACUGGGUAUAGGAGGUGUUGGUUUGGUUUCAGCCUAUGUUUCAUAUUCCCCUGAAAUUGCAGCUAGCUAUGGUGUUGGGUUCCUUGGUUCUCUGGCUUACAUGCGUAUGCUAGGGAGUAGCGUGGAUUCCAUGGCGGAUGGAGCAAGAGGACUUCUCAAGGGAGCAAUUGGUCAACCAAGGCUAUUGGUUCCUGUUGUAUUAGUCAUGAUCUUUAACAGGUGGAAUGGGAUUGUUGUUCCACAAUAUGGAUUCAUGCACCUGGAAUUGAUACCAAUGUUGGUGGGAUUCUUCACGUACAAAAUUGCCACCUUUAUCCAAGCUAUAGAGGAAGCAAUUCCUCAAGUUGAGAAAAUAGAUACAAGCUCAUGAUAAACCUUCACAUAUACGUCAGCAGAAUAUUCCACUACUGGUUAUAAUGCAGCUUGCAAAGAUUACACAGAUGAUGGUUGCACUAAUGACAAGCUGCUUUGAAAGGAAGAGAUGUACAUGUAGUCUAGUAAAUACUAAGGAAUUGUGCUUUUCAAUUCUGUUCAAGAAAAGCAAAAGUUUAUAAGUUUACAAAGCAUU